CCUCUCCAAGCGCUCUGCCUCUUUCUCAUCCCUCUCACAGGUCUCCGUGGGCUCAUGCUUGCAGUCAUGUUAGCAGCCCUCAUGAGCAGUCUGGCCUCCAUAUUCAAUAGCAGCAGCACUCUGUUCACCAUUGAUGUCUGGAAGAAGCUGAGACCCCGAUCUGCGGAGAGGGAGCUGAUUCUGGUUGGGAGGGUGUGGACCGUCUGCCUUGUGGCAUUCAGCAUAGCGUGGAUUCCUGUGGUCCAGGCUGCACAAGGGGGGCAAUUGUUU